UAUAUGCAUUUAGUCAAACAUACCUAAAAUCUUUCAUUAUACUUCCAGGCUACAUAUUACCACAAUGGAUGGAACCUUUGGGAAGUUUAGCAGAGUUGAGCAGCCAAUCAGAACUUCAAAGGAUCAACAAAACGGGAGGCGUCUUCGAUCCUUCAAGGGGCUCCCUGGAUCUCCAAGGGGCAGUCCCCAAUCCUUCAAGGGAACACACCAAGUCAGCAUCACAGAAUACAGAGAGGAAACACACAUGCACACUUUGCUUGAAAUCCUUCAAGAAAUCACAUCAUUUAACAUAUCACCUCAGUUCCCAUAGCAACGAGCGACCAAACAUGUGUACAUACUGUAAUAAGGGUUUUAAGAUAAAGCAUCAUCUAAAGAGACAUGUGAAGAAUAAGCAUGCAGACCAACUGAGAUUAGAUUCACAGUUUCCUCAAGACAACAGUCAUCUGCUUGAAAAGGGUGCGCCAGAAUAAGAAUUCAAAUUGACUGUAUAACACUAGUGGGAUAAUUUCUAUUAUGUGCAUGUUUUGUAUUUGAAAUCAAUUUUGCUUCAUUACGGACAAUACAUUUAAGGGGUUCUGUGAGGAAUAUGUGAUGUUGAUGUAACUUUAAGUGAGAUAGCUCUUUUUAUCAUGGAUGAGUAUUUCUUACAUACCAGAUGAAAUCUAAGGGGCCAUAAGUUUGUAUUAAGAAUAAGGACUUUAAUUUCAUAUAUAAAUAAGGGCGACAAGAUAGUAUAAGGAACAAGGGCUGUAAGUGCAUUCAAGAGGGCUAUAAGUGCAUCUAAGAGGGCCAUAAGUGCAUCCAAGAAGGCUAUAAGUUUUAUAAGGAAUAAGGGCUGUAAGUCCAUGUAUCAGUAAGGGCUAUACAUGUGAAACAGGAAUGAGGCUAUUAAUAGG